UUGCUUCAACGCGGCGUGCAUCAAAGCCGAAAGAAGAAAAACGAAAGCGCGUUGCUUGCGAAAAACUAGACAAAAUGGACAUCGACGAGCUAUUUGAUUGUUUCAAUGAGGUGCCACCCGAAAGUCUGCAGGUGCCGCCGCUACCUAUGCAAUCAAAGAAGGCAACAGCAGUUGAAGUUCUGGACAAUGACAACAAAAGUGCCAAAAAAGCCAACAAGCGUCAGGCAGACGCCAGUGUUGCUGAUCAACAGACAGAAGCAGAUGAAGCAUCUGUGAAAGAGGACAAAGAGGAGAAGGAGCCCGCAAAGCGCCCGCGUGCCGACGGCGUUGGCGAUGAAUCGGAUGACAAUGACAAGGAAAUGUGCAACGAGAAGGAGGAGGAGGAGGAGGAGAACGUUCAGCAGCCAGAUGAUUUUGCGAUGGAGGCGCUGCGCGUGAGGAUUGUGACCCACCAAUUGGUGUCGCCGGAGUCGUGCACACACGAGGUGGCUGCCCAUCCCGAUCAGGAGUACAUCCCAUUGCAGCCAAUUGUGGGAGUGCCCGCCAAAGAGUAUCCAUUUGUGUUGGAUCCAUUUCAGAAGCAGGCCAUUCUCUGCAUCGACAACUCCCAGAGUGUUCUAGUGUCGGCGCACACAUCCGCCGGUAAAACGGUGGUUGCCGAAUAUGCCAUCGCCAAGUCACUGGCGGCAAAGCAACGAGUGAUUUAUACGACUCCCAUUAAGGCGUUGUCCAAUCAAAAGUUUCGCGAAUUCACAGAUGAAUUUCAGGAUGUUGGUUUAGUUACUGGAGAUGUGACCAUUAAUCCAUCAGCCUCUUGCCUGAUCAUGACCACAGAGAUUCUGCGUAAUAUGCUGUAUCGUGGCAGCGAGGUGAUGCGUGAGGUGGGCUGGGUCGUCUUCGAUGAGAUUCACUAUAUGCGCGACAAGGAACGUGGCGUUGUCUGGGAGGAGACGCUGAUCCUGCUGCCGGAUAAUGUGCGCUAUGUUUUCCUCUCGGCAACGAUACCCAAUGCUCGCCAGUUUGCCGAGUGGGUCUGCCAUCUGCACAAGCAGCCGUGUCACGUUGUCUAUACGGAUUAUCGGCCCACACCGUUGCAGCAUUACAUCUUUCCAGCUGGCGGCGAUGGCAUUCAUUUGAUUGUCGACGAGAAGGGUCAGUUCAAGGAGGACAAUUUCACCACAGCCAUGGCGGUGCUGGCCAAUGCGGGCGAGGCGGCCAAAGGUGAUCAAAAGGGACGCAAGGGUGGCGUCAAGGGUCACAAUUCUGGUCAGACAAACAUCUUUAAGAUUGUCAAGAUGAUCAUGGAGCGUAACUUUGCACCAGUCAUCAUCUUUUCAUUCAGUAAGAAGGAUUGCGAGGUGUAUGCCAUGCAAAUGGCCAAACUGGAUUUUAAUACCGUGGAUGAGAAGAAACUGGUCGAUGAGGUCUUUCACAAUGCGAUGGAUGUGCUCUCUGAGGAGGAUCGUCGUCUGCCGCAGGUGGAGAAUGUGUUGCCACUACUGCGACGUGGCAUUGGCAUACAUCAUGGCGGUCUGUUGCCCAUCCUUAAGGAGACCAUUGAGAUACUGUUCGGAGAGGGAUUGAUUAAGGCUCUGUUCGCCACGGAAACCUUCGCCAUGGGCCUGAACAUGCCGGCGCGCACUGUACUCUUUACGGCACCACGUAAAUUUGAUGGCAAGGACUUUCGCUGGAUCAGCUCCGGGGAGUAUAUACAAAUGGCUGGACGUGCUGGACGUCGUGGCCUUGAUGACAAGGGUAUUGUCAUACUGAUGAUCGAUGAGAAGGUGUCGCCCGUCGUGGGACGUGAGAUCGUGCAGGGCAAGGCUGACACAUUAAAUUCGGCUUUCCAUUUGACGUACAACAUGGUGUUGAAUCUGCUGCGUGUGGAGGAAAUCAAUCCGGAAUAUAUGCUGGAGCGCAGUUUCUAUCAGUUCCAGAAUCAGGCUGCAUUGCCUGGACUGCACGAUCAGGUGCAGCAGAAGCAGCAACAGCUGGAGAAGCUGAGCAUCAAGGAUGAGCACAACAUUGCCUCGUAUCAUCACAUCCGGGAUCAGCUCGAGAUCAACGGCACCAAGUUCCGUGAGUGGCUGACGAAGCCACAAUAUCUGGUGCCCUUCCUGCAGCCGGGUCGCCUCGUCAAGGUCUCGGCUGGCAAGCAGGAAUACGACUGGGGCAUUGUGUUGAAUUUCAAGAAACAGGAUCAGAGUCGCAAGAAUCCGCUGAAGAGUGAUCCGAACGUUGUCAUCGAUGUGCUGCUGCACGUUAGCGAGGAGGCGGCCAAAACUGGCGACACUGAACCCUGUCCUCUAAACGAACGCGGCUGCAUGGAGGUUGUGCCCGUCGCCAAUACACUGCUCACCCAGAUUAGCUCGAUACGCGUCUAUUUUCCCAGUGAUCUGCGCACAGCUGACAAUCGUCGUGCCGUCCUCAAGACCAUUCAGGAGGCAAAGAAACGCUUUCCGCUCGGUCCACCCGUCCUGCAUCCCGUCGACGACAUGAACAUCAAGGAUGCUGAGUUCCGUAAGAUAGUGGAUACCAUUGCCCAGUUCGAGAGACUGCUCGAGGAGCAUCCACUGCACAAAUCACCCGAGUUGGAGCGCAUACACAAACGCUACCUGGACAAGCUGAAGCUACAAUCGGAGCUGAGUGCGCUGAAGACCGAACUGAAGGCGGCACGCAGCCUGCUCCAAAUGGACGAGUUGAAGUAUCGGAAGCGUGUGCUCCGGCGCAUGGGCUACUGCAAGCCCGGCGAUGUCAUCGAGUUCAAGGGUCGCGUCGCCUGCGAGCUGAGCUCAGCGGAUGAGUUACUCAUUACCGAAAUGAUCUUCAAUGGUGUCUUCAAUGAGCUCUCAGCACCACAGGCUGUGGCACUCCUCUCCUGCUUCGUCUGCGACGAGAAGUCCAGCGAGGCGCCAAAGAGUGCGACGGAGUUGUCGGGACCACUUCGCGCCCUGCAGAAUCUGGCGCGGCGCAUCGCAAAGGUGUCCACCGAGUGCAAACUGAAUCUGGAUGAGGACAACUAUGUGGAGAAAUUUAAGCCAUUUCUCAUGGACGUGGUGCUCGCCUGGUGCAAGGGCUCCACUUUCCUGAGCGUCUGUAAAAUGACCGACAUCUUUGAGGGCUCCAUCAUUCGUUGCAUGCGUCGUCUCGAGGAGCUGCUGCGUCAACUGUGCCAGGCAUCCAAGACGAUUGGCAAUACGGAUCUGGAGAACAAGUUCUCCGAGGGCAUCCGACUGAUCAAGCGCGAUAUUGUGUUUGCCGCCUCGCUGUAUCUGUAGUAUAUAUAUAUCUAUAUGUAUAGUACAUCCUCAUUAUUCCCUAAUCUAUACUUGAAAUGUUUAUUAAAAAAAAAACGUAUUUUACACAUAUAAAAAGUUCAAAUGUUGACAAAUGUAAGACAAACGAGGACACUUCACAAAAGCGAAAUUGGUUUUUAUUGAAAUGAAUUGAUAAAUAUAUAUGUAUACCUAUAUAUAUAAAACUAUACGCAAUUAAACAUAAACUACACACUUAUGAAAUGUAAUUGUUAAUGUAUUUCUUAUGUUUUCGCACAUGUAAACAAUAACUUUAUACAAAAUACAUAUGAAUGAAAACAU